AUGGUUAAGGUUUUGAUUGCAUUGACUAGUUACAACGAACAAUUCUACGCCGAUGGCGCCAAGACCGGUGUUUUCGUCAUCGAAGCUUUGCACCCAUUCAACUUCUACAAGGAACAAGGCUGCGAGGUCGACUUCGUUUCUGAGAACGGUAAGUUCGGUUGGGACGAACACUCCAUGAUCCCAGACUUCUUGAGCGGCAAGGACAAGGAAGACUUUGAAGACAAGAACUCUGCCUUCAACCAAGCAUUGAGCAAGACCAAGUCUGCUGCUGAAGUUAACGCUUCUGACUACCAAGUGUUCUUUGCUUCUGCCGGUCACGGUACUCUUUUCGACUACCCAAAGGCAGCUGGUUUGCAAAAGAUUGCUUCUGAAAUCUACGCCCAAAACGGUGUGGUUGCUGCCGUGUGCCACGGUCCAGCCAUCUUCGAUGGUAUGGUCGACAAGGCCACUAACAAGCCAUUGAUUGAGGGUAAGGCUAUCACUGGUUUCACCGACGUUGGUGAAGUUGUCCUAGGUGUUGACACUUUGAUGAAGGAAAAGAAGUUGAGCUCCAUUGAAGACAUCGCCAAGAAGUACAACGCUAAGUACCUUGCACCAAUUGGCCCAUGGGACGACUUCUCUGUUGCUGACGGCAGAAUUGUCACCGGUGUUAACCCAGCUUCCGCUACCUCCACUGCUAAGAGAUCCUUGCAAGUUUUGGAAGCUGCAAAAUAA